AUGGCACCAACCGCCGUUGCAACGCCUGUGCUCCUUGAGCCCAAUUUCAACGGCGGCGUCUUCGAUUACCAGUGGGAGAAGGUCUACUUUGACCAUUGGCUGGCGCUUGCCAACAACAUGGGCGGGGGCUUCUUCAAAUCCGAUCUUUGGACUCGUACUAUCCCACAGCUAUCUCGCGAUGAGCCUGCUAUACGAUACGCCGGUAUGGCCAUUGGGGCCAUGGCAAAUGCCAUGUCACCGAACAUGCUACCAAAGACAUUUGGCGCACUCUUGGACAAUGGGCCUCAUUACAAGAACGCACUAACAUACUACGGCCGGGCACUCCGUCACGUCCGUCUGCAACAAGGACCCAACCCCGAGUCUGCUCUGCGUGCCGCCAUCCUCUCCUGCAUCCUCUUCGUCUGCUUUGAAACUCUCCACGGCAACCGUGAGGCAGCUUUACAUCACAUUUCUCACGGGCUGCAGAUGAUGGAGGCCUUCCUAAAAUCCAAAACCCCACCGGACGUAGAGGAUCCCACAACCGAGUUCCUCACCCACAGCCCGGCACCGUACGUGAUCGAGGACGAGAUCCUCCAAGUAUUCCAGCGGUUCGACUUCCAGUCGUGGUCGACCGGCCUGCUGCGGCCCAAACGCACCAACAACAAGACACCGCACACGCAGAACCGGGUGAAGGAGUACCCGGUGCACAAAGUCCCCGAGAGCUUCGCGGACCUGGACGAGGCGCGGCAGUGGUGGGACCUGGUGCAGCACUGGGUGCUGCAGUUCCCGCGGACGGUGGUGAUCCAGCUGGUCAGGGAGAUUGAGCGCGUGGGGCCCGAGGCGGCGCAGAAGCUCGACAUGUGCGACGUGCCGGGCGUGCGCGACCUACAGCGGCACAACCUGGAGCUGCUGGAGCGGUGGAACGCGGCCUUCUGGCCGCUGUACAACGCGCGGCGGCACAGCAAGCGCGCCGACGAGGAGGGCUACCUGCGCGCCGUCAGCCUGCAGAUCCAGUACCUGGUUGCGUGGAUGAGCACGCGCUCCAUCUGCUUCAGCGAGUACGAGACCAUGUACCAGCUGACGCCGCAGUUCCGCGAGAUCAACCGCCUCGGCGCGGUGCUGCUGCCCCGGCAGCCCAAGGCGGGCGGCUGCAGCGAGGCCUUCACGAUGGACAACGGGCCGACCAUGGCGCUGCUGAUCGUCGCCAGCAAGUGCCGCGACGUCGACGUCCGCGAGGAGGCCAUCGCGCUCAUGGAGAAGUACCCGCGCCGCGACGGCUUCUGGGACAGCCGCGCCAUGGUCGCGCUGGCCAAGUACAACCGGGACAUUGAGCAGGAGAACGAGACCGAGGGCGACCUGUAUGAGCAGUGGGCGCGCCUGCGGCAGCGCGAGGCGAUCAUCGACGAGAGGAACCCCGAGAUGAUGAUCUUCAUGUACAGGAAAGACCCGAAGAGUGGGCAGUUCCAGAUGCAGCAGCACCUCCUACGGUGGUGA